AUGGGAUUCUUCAAGAAGUUUCUCUCUCUAGGUAGUAGGAAGUCGAAGAAGAACAAACAAAAAGACAAAUCUGGUAUCUCACAGGCUGUCCCAAGGCAAGUUGAUGCCGAAGGCCGAAUUGUAAAGGAGGACCAUGAUGUAGAUAACGAUGCAAAUCGUCUCUUACGGUCUGUCUCUGCGCGAUUUGCAGUAGCGACGGAUACAAAUGACUUACCACCUCCUCUUCCCCAGUUGGCUAUCACGCCUAAAGCGUCGUCAUCGCAAUCUAUACACAGUAUGUCGCGAAACAACACGUACAUAGUGAGAGUACAUAGUCGCACCCUACACUCACGAACCGAGUUUCCUAAUGCCAACCCUCGCCUCUCCAAUCAUGAUCACGAGCUGGAUGAUCCUCGCACACCUGGGGGCAGCCAUCGCCCUCUGAAGGACAUCUUAUUUACACCUCGUGAUGAGAGUCGCUUGCACGCAUUGCGCCGGGACCCAUCCGUAGCAAGCUUGUUGAACAUGUACGAUGACAAAGGUCGUCUAGACGCGAACGCCUUUUCCAAUACGCCUCCCACGCCAGCGCCGGUCUUGGAUGCCGAAGAAGGGCGAGCACAAGUCAAGCGUUCCGGUUCGACCUUGCGUCAACUUCUUGGUAACCCUGAUUCGCAGGGCAAUGCUACGGAAGGUGACAUUUCCUGGGCGGAGAGAUUCCUUGGUGAAACAAAUUCAGCAGCUUCGUCUACCUCAUCUCUUCCACUGGACACGCCUGACGAUGCCGAUGUCUCAUUCUCACACGACUUAUCGCCUCCUGAGCCGCAGGGGCUCACGACAUAUGGAUCCUCGUUCCAUCAGUCUCACGAUUUGUCUAUGUCUGCUCCCUAUCCGUUGAUAUCAUCUAUGGAAGUUGAAUACAGCGCAAUCAAUGAGACGAGCGGGGCUGUCUCGAUUGUUGAACCAUUAGCGGAUACUUUGGCAAUCGACCCCAAGACGCCACAGCGUGCCGCAGAAGUAUUUGGUUUUCUUACAGAUCGUCGACGAUCCUUGCGUGUUACAGAUGGCAAGAGUAGUCUUCCUGUCCACUUACUCACUAGAGCAACUGAAGGGCACGAUCCUUCCCGUCUGGCGGGGCCAUCUAUUGCUCUACCUACAUCUAUCGACGAUUCUUACUUCCAGGGGCCGUCACACAUCUCACAUGCCGAAGUUCGCACUGCGACCCUCAUGAAAUUAUCCAGCGUCUCCGCUACUCUGACCAACAAUGGUCAUCCUCUCCUCCUGUCAGCAGAUGGCACCGAAGGUCAUGAACUGAACAUUUCACCUCGCCCUUCCUCCACGAUGCAUAAAGGCCUGACACGCCAAACUACAAAGUCCACUAUCUCGGCGCCUAGAGACAAAGAAGUAUGCACUAUUUCUCAUGCCAUUACGACCGCACAAGCCUCAAGAUCAAAGAUACCCCGUGGUCCCCGACCGCGAUGCACAAGAUCUUCGAACCCUUCUCAGACAGACCUUCCCUCGGACCUGCGAACGUAUAUAUCUACUCCAGUUGCGCGCGACGUUACUACGUCCCGGUCAUCACUGGGUUUUGGGACAACGAGUGCUCUUGCAACAAAGCCAGUGCCUCACAACCCUGCUCUGCCUUUGUCCGAUCACGUAGAAGACAGUGCCAUACAUGGGGCCACAGCCACCCAAAAGGUUCCUCGUACUGCGAAGUCAAGCGUCAAGCCUGCUCGACGAGGUGGUGAAGACAAGGAGAACGGCGUCGAGAUCUCUCCUAAAGCGAACCCGCAGGACUCCAAGUUUAAUAGCAAUUCGACGAGCGUGAUACCGAAUCCUGCAACGCCACCACGAAGCCGGACGAUCUUUGACAUACGCUAUCCGAAAAUUUCAGGCCAGGUUGGCGAUACAAACGUCCCUUCGCCUGCGUCGUCGUCCGAGUUGUCACCAGUUGCGAAGGACAUGAUGUCGAACCUGCGAAAACAGCGCAUGCGUGCCCGGGAAGCAGAGACAAAGAGAAGAUUUGGGAGGGAUAUACGUAUGGCCUCGUGA